CUAUGGGGGGAGACUCCCCCAGUCAACCCUAGCUCCCCCGGGCAGCGUGGCUCUGGCCCUGCCCAGGGCGCUCCGGAGGGGUCCCACCCUCGGCUGCCCCAUACCCCCCGCGCCCGGUUUCUCCUGCGGGGGAGGAAGUUGAGCGGAGCGGGGCGGGGCGAGGCGAGCUGCAGCGAGCUCCUCCUCCGCAGCCGGGCAGGCGAUCGGGGCAGGCAGGGGACAGCUGCCACCCCCCCCCCCCCAGCCAGCCCCCGCAGGGAAGCGGGGAGCAGCAGCAGCCGCCCCGGCGACCCAUUGUAUCUCCGCGGCGCGUCGGCUUCUUUGUCUGCUUCCCGGCGCCCCCUCCUCGGGAGAGUUGCCGGAUUGUAGCCCCCCCUUCGGCGCGGGGGGGGGGGGUGGCUCUUUUGUUGCUGGGACAGCGCUGUCCGCGGGACCCCCCCUUCCUCCCUACACCCCUCCUCAGCGGGAGGGCGAGAGCGGGGCGGCCCCCCUGCGCCCUGCAGAGGCCCGGCGCUCGAGGGUGCCCUGCGCCGGUGGCUUUCUCCGGAGAGAGGAGGUGGAGGAGCGAGAGCAGCGGGGCGGAUUAAGAGGAUGUUGUAGCCUUGCCCAGCGCUGGGACGCAGCAGAGGGGAGCCCCAGGGCGGUGGGCCCCCCCCCUUCGCCCCGGGUGGUGGGUCUUUGUUAGUUUGCCACGUGAACCCACUUCGGGAAGGCUGCAAACCGCUGGCGGGGAGCCCCAGACAAAGCCCCAUUGAGACGGGGGCAGGGGAAGUCCAGCAACUCAAGGGGGAGGCUGGAGAGAGACAAGCGACCCUCCCCUGCGACCAGUAGCCCCCUGAGAGGAGGGGGCAGGCGGGGAUAGGCUUUUAGCCCUCCCCCCCCGUGUGUCUCUCCUUUCCUGGCUUUAACCGGAGCCGACCCGAGCGUGUGUUGCGGGGGGGGGGGGGAGAGAUGCUGAAAGGAGCCGCUGAGCUGGGAUCUGUGGAGCGUUUUAUAGGAAAGAAGUAAAGCUGCCAAAAUCACGCCGGGGAGCGAUUAAAAAAAGGAGCCUUGGAAGUCCCCCGCCCCGCCCCCGAAAUGCUUCCUGCGUUGGCCGCACAUCAAACUGGAAAGGAGCGAUAGCGCUUGACCAUCGUGCAAGGGGAAGCUUCUAAACUAGCCCAGGAGCCUCCAAACCGACGGAGGAGGAACUGCUGCAAGCGGCCUGUGUGUGUCCUCAAUGAAAAGGAGAGGGGACUGGAACCGUAGUUUUGGCCGCUGGCAACUCAUCUAGGGCAACAUUUUUUUUUUUUUUUUUUUGAAGGAUACAUUGCUCUGAAGGACUAUGGAGGAGUGGAGGCAGUGUGGCCGCUGGCUGAUCGACUGUAAAGUUUUGCCCCUGAACCACAGGGUGGUCUGGCCCUCAGCUGUUGUGUUUGACCUGGCUCAGGCUUUGAGAGAUGGAGUCUUGCUCUGCCAGCUGCUUCAUAACCUGUCACCUGGAUCUAUUGAUCUCAAGGACAUCAAUUUCAGGCCACAGAUGUCACAGUUCCUCUGUUUGAAGAACAUUCGAACGUUCUUAAAAGUCUGUCAUGACAAAUUUGGAUUAAGGAACAGUGAGCUGUUUGACCCCUUUGACCUCUUCGAUGUGCGGGAUUUUGGAAAGGUUAUAUCAGCUGUAUCCAGACUUUCCCACCACAGUAUCGUUCAAACCAAAGGAAUUAGACCCUUCCCUUCAGAGGAGACCACAGAGAAUGACGAUGACGUCUAUCGGAGCUUGGAGGAACUGGCUGAUGAACAUGAUCUCGGGGAGGAUAUUUACGACUGCGUUCCUUGUGAAGAUGAAGGCGAUGAUAUCUACGAAGAUAUCAUCAAAGUGGAAGUUCAACAACCCAUGAUUAGAUAUAUGCAGAAAAUGGGAAUGACAGAAGAUGACAAAAGAAAUUGCUGUUUGCUAGAAAUUCAAGAAACCGAGGCCAAAUAUUACAAGACACUUGAAGACAUAGAAAAGAACUAUAUGAAUCCAUUAAAGCUGGUACUGACUCCACAAGAGAUGGAAUCUAUUUUUAUCAAUUUGGAGGACCUAAUUAAAGUGCACUUCAAUUUCCUGAGGGCCAUCGAUGUCUGUAUGAUGUCUGGAGGAAGCAGCUUGGCGAAAGUUUUUCUAGAAUUCAAAGAAAGGCUAUUGAUUUAUGGCGAGUACUGCAGCCAUAUGGAAUGCGCCCAAAAUACGCUGAAUGGUCUCAUUGGGAGCAAAGAGGACGUUAGGCAAAAAGUUGAGGAAUGCACAUUAAAGGUUCAGGAUGGGAAGUUUAAAUUGCAAGAUCUGUUGGUGGUACCAAUGCAAAGGGUCUUGAAGUAUCAUCUCCUAUUAAAAGAGCUUCUCAGCCAUUCGUCUGAUCGGCCAGAAAAGCAACAACUCAAGGAAGCUUUGGAAGCCAUGCAGGACUUGGCCAUGUACAUAAAUGAAGUCAAGAGAGACAAAGAGACCUUAAAGAAAAUACGUGAAUUUCAGAAAUCUAUAGAAAACUUGCAAGGGAAACUGGAAGAAUUUGGGAGGCCAAAGAUAGACGGUGAACUGAAAGUCCGUUCAAUUGUGAACCACACCAAGCAGGACAGGUAUUUAUUUUUGUUCGAUAAAGUGGUGAUCGUCUGUAAAAGGAAAGGAUACAAUUAUGAGUUGAAAGAAAUUAUCGAGCUGCUUUUCCAUAAAAUGACUGAUGAUCCCAUGAACAACAAGGACAUUAAGAAGUCUCAUGGAAAAAUGUGGUCAUACGGGUUCUACCUGAUUCACCUUCAGGGAAAGCAGGGCUUUCAGUUUUUCUGCAAGACAGAAGACAUGAAGAGGAAGUGGAUGGAGCAGUUUGAAAUGGCAAUGUCCAACAUUAAGCCAGAAAAAGCCAACGCGAAUCACCACAACUUCCAGAUGUACACAUUUGAAAAGACGACCAACUGCAAAGCGUGCAAAAUGUUUUUAAGAGGAACUUUCUAUCAGGGCUAUCUUUGCAUGAAAUGUGGAGCAGGUGCUCAUAAAGAAUGCUUGGAAAUUAUUCCUUCCUGCAAGAUCAGCUCUCCAGCGGACCAGGAUUCAUUAAAUACAGGACCUGGUCCUAAAAUGGUGGCAGUUCAGAAUUACCAUGGCAACCCAGCUCACCCAGGAAAGCCAGUUUUAGCGUUUCAGACUGGGGACAUAAUAGAACUGCUAAGAGGGGACCCGGAUUCACAGUGGUGGGAAGGGAGGUUAAUACAGACAAAGAAGUCUGGUUAUUUUCCCAGUUCAUCGGUGAAGCCCUGCCCUGUGGACGCUAGGCCUCCCAGCAGCCGGCCUCCUUCGAGAGAAAUAGACUACACAGCGUACCCUUGGUUUGCAGGGAACAUGGAGAGGCAACAGACAGACAACCUGCUGAAGUCGCACGCCAGCGGGACGUACCUGAUUCGCGAGAGACCAGCAGAGGCCGAGCGCUUUGCCAUCAGUAUUAAGUUUAACGAGGAAGUCAAGCACAUUAAGGUGGUGGAGAAAGACAACUGGAUUCACAUCACAGAAGCCAAAAAAUUUGAAAGCCUUUUGGAAUUGGUCGAAUACUACCAGGCCCACUCGCUGAAGGAGAGCUUUAAACAGCUGGAUACAACGUUAAAAUAUCCAUACAAAUCCCGAGAACGUUCUACCUCCAGAUCCUUCACUCGCUCCCCAGCUUCCUGCGCUUCCUACAACUUUUCUUUUCUCAGUCCUCAGGGCCUCAACUUUUCUUCUCCGAAUUCCUCCACUCCUUUCUGGUCAGUGGUCACGCCUCCGGUCAUAGGGACGGCAGUGGCACGCUACAAUUUCGCCGCACGGGACAUGCGAGAGCUCUCUUUGCGAGAGGGCGACGUGGUGAAAAUCUACAGCAGGAUAGGCGGGGACCAGGGAUGGUGGAAGGGAGAAACUAAUGGAAGAAUUGGCUGGUUUCCUUCGACCUACGUGGAGGAGGAGGGAGUGUAAGGAGGACUGGAUCUCUGGCCGACAUUGC